AUGACGCUCAGCAUCUCGAUUGAUCCCCAAGGUCCGCACGGCUCGGAUUCUCUGUCGGACGAGGAGGACUCGUCGGGGGUACAUGUGAACAGCCAUGACUAUGAUGAGGACUAUGAUAAUGAGUGGGCGCAUCUGUCAUAUCCGGAUGAAUUGAAACCGUCUGAUUCAGCCUCUCGACCAAGGACAUCGCACCGUAGCCGCUCGCACCACGGUUCCCGCUCCGCUUCGGGCCGCCCAAACCCAGUGCAUCGGCGUAUGGUUCCCGAACGCGAUCCUCGCGAGUCCUAUGGGACUCGCUCCCGCCGACAGCCUUCUCCAGAUUCCCCUGACAGCGGGGAUUCGGAGGAGUAUGCUUAUCCUCGCGCCCCUGCAGAACGCCGGUGGCCACAGGCCCCGCCUGCACCACCGGCGGGGUAUGCUCCAAGCAACUCAUCUGGCCCAACCUUUGGCGCAUACCCUCCUGGACAUGCCCCUCCUUACCAGCACCAAAAUGGCCAGAUCCCAUCAGAUCAACUAGUUUCCCUCCGCCAUGCCGCCAACCCUGGCGCUCAACCGUACGGUGCCGGUCACUACCCAUACGGCGCACAAUUCCAAGCCUCACACGGAGCUGCCGCCAUGCAUCAGUACUAUCCCCACGAUCAAAUGCACCCUCGUCACCUCUCCCGCCCACCGCCGCAGUCACGAAUGGAUCCGCAUCAUCCCUCUCAACCGCCCAUGCCACCCCACUUGGCGGGGCACGUCUCGCCGCAAUAUCCGGGGUCGCCUUUCCAUCAAGAAUUGAUGCAUUAUUCGCCCCAAUUCUACAAUUACCGAGACCCGUACUCGAUGAUUCCCGGCAUGGUACCACCAUACUUCCAAUAUUCUCAGGCGCCUCCCCAAACGCAAGCCCCAGAAGCGGCCGCGUCUCCGGCGCCGGCACCAGCGCCAACUCCAGCUCCAGCUCCCGCCCCCGCGCCUGCGCCUGCACCCGAACCCGCACCAGCACCCCCGGCAGAUACGGCAAAGGAUGAAGCCAUUGCGCGACUGGAGAAACUGAUUAUGGAUGAACGCGCGGAGCGUGAGGCCAAGGAAGCCGCGCGCGUAGCUGCGAUCGAACGCGAGGCCGCCGAGAAGGCUGCGCGAGAGCAGCAACUCGCCCACGACCGCAAGAUUGCCGAGGAAGCGGCUUUCUUGGCCCGCGCAGACGCGGAGAAAAAGGCUGCCGAAGCAGCGGCGGUCGCGAAGGACGAGGCAGAGAAAGCCGCAGCGGCAGCAGCUUCAGAGGCAGCGGCAGCAGCAACUGCAGCGGCCAAUGCAGCCGCAACCGCAGCCGCCGCGGAGGCAGCCAAUGCCGUGGCUGAAGCAGCAAAGAAGCCUCCCCCAGAGAAAAAGAAGCCCAUCAAAUUCAAAGACGCCGUGGGAAGAAAGUUCAGUUUCCCCUUUGAGCUGUGUGCUACCUGGCAGGGGAUGGAAGAUCUGAUUAAGCAGGCCUUCCUUCAUAUUGAAGUGAUUGGACCGCAUGUUGCAGAAGGGCACUAUGACCUUGUAGGUCCCAACGGCGACAUCAUUCUUCCUCAAGUCUGGGAGACCGUCGUCGAGCCGGAUUGGACUAUCACCAUGCACAUGUGGCCCAUCCCUGAAAAGCCCAAAGAACCCGACCCUCCAGCUAAGGAGGAGGCACCGGCUGCGGCUGCUCCCGCAAAGGCCGAUCCACCUGCACCACCUGCAGAGCCUAAAAAGAAACCUGAAGGCAUGUUCCAUGAUUCUCCCAAGAAGCCCGUGCGCAAAGGCGACGGAGGUGGAUUUGCAAAGUGGAUGAUGGGUGGCCGGCCCCCUCCCAAGUCAGCCAAGGCCGCAAAGGCAGAGAAGAAGCCCGAACCCGCCCCUCAGUGA